AACUUUCUCUGAAGAAUCAAGAUUUCGCACGAGAUUUUCAACUGAGUGGAAUUGCAACCAAGGGUUUCCAUAACAUGGCUCUCGUUUUCGGAUUUCAAUCCUAUUAUCCCACGUACCGGUAAGUUUUUUACAAAGCUUCAUCGUUUUAAGACUUCUUUCUAUAAGCGUUAGUCACUAAAUAAACUUAACGUCUCCUCCCCUUAAAUCCUCACUGAGUUAAAUUUUUGAGUUAUGAAAUGCAAGCUUUCAUUAAAAACGACUGACGACAUGCAAGAAUUCUCGGUCAGAAGUAUUAUUGAGAAAUCAAGGGAAAAGAAAACUGAAAGUGCCUGAAAAUUAGGAUUCUUGUGUGACCAAAAUUGAGCAAUAACUCAAUAAUUACCGAGAAAGGUGAGGAAAUCUGUUUGUGUAAAAAAAAAAUACCAGUUAAUAAUUAAAAACGUUUGAGGGAUGCAGGUUAACCCUAUUCAGACUUGGCUUUUUUGGUCAAUCUGUUACUGGGGGGCUCCUCGGACCCCCCCCCUCUGUAUCUCUGGAACCAAUAAUGCUAGGGUCAUGAAAUUUACACACAAUGAUCAUCUCCGUACAAAGAAGCCCCACACCCAGUUUUGACUUGCCACGCCCAAUGAUGACGUCACAGUGACAUCAUAUUCCGAUUUUUCAAUGUUUCUUAUUAUUUUUCCACUUAGAUACGUAAAAUAAUAUAUAGAUUUAGCCAGGGCUAAAAGCGAAGCUCCCAUUAAUAAAUUUAUAUUUUAAAUCAAACAAUGAACUUGUAAUCCACAAAUCAGUUAACUUAAGGGCUCAUUCAUGUGACUUUUGAGGGAAAGGAUAAGUUAUUUUAGAGUGAAAGAUCUUACAUCGAGUUGAAAGCCUAAAUAUAUGUACACCCAAAAAAUGGCAAACAUCUUCUAUCACAUUCAAGAGCCAUAAUGGCUCUUGAUCACGGUAGAUUAGGCCUCGAAAACAAAUUCUUGGAAAACAAAUCAGGCCGCAUUUUUUUUGCGUUCGACAGGUUUACUUUACAAAUCCUUGCCAACAAAUCUGAGGGUGUGUAAACCAACCUUUUAUACUUUUUAUACAUCACAUCUGAGGUGAAACAGUACUUUUUAUCAUACAGACCUCGGACAGAAUACGGCAUUUCACAAUUUUUCAAUGUCCAGGACGAUCAAUCGUGGGCUUUUAGCGAAACCGUUCAAAAAUUGCCAAAAUCACCCAUACGUCCAGCCGGUUCUCAUUUUUAGUGCGAGCUGUCAGUGUGGUCGAGUGUUUGAAUGAACUUUAAUGGAGAUACGUCUCAACAUAAUAACGAAUUUAUUAUCAUUACUUUUUGUUAUUUAAUGGUUCCAGCUAUAACGAUGUGUAAUCUUAUAAAGCGUUUGAUACGUGGGACAUUUCUAUGUACUCCUGCAAGCGAUGUUCAUGAACGAUGAAAACAAACACCACGGACAAGCGAUUAAAAUUGCAAGAGAGACUACUAACAAUAAAUAAAAGAAAUAUAAUUCGCUAAAACAUUUACAGAGACAACAAUUUUCAUUCACGAAGACAAGUAUUAAAGUGUCUCUAAAAAUCCUGAGUCUUUAAGCUUUAAUAAAGCUUAAGCUUAAGUUUAUUUUGUUUUACUUUCAGCCGGCCUCCCGGUGUUUGUUUUUUUUUUUCAAAGAUGAACUCCUCGAAGCAAGAAAAUCACUCAAAGUUUUCUUUCUACAGCCAAAUUUAUAACUAAAUAUUCUUCGGAACGUUUGUUUUCUAUUUGCUGUGAAAAAAAAAUCUGAAGGCCUUUUAAAGUCCUGUAAGCUUAUAUCAAACCUGAUACUAGAUCAGAUCAUUGACUCAAAUCUUAACAAACGCGCAAAAACUUGCCGCAUAAACUGUGCUCGACUUCAUGAAAUUAGAUAUAACAAAAACAAACAUCAAAUACAAUAAUUACUCAGGCUUACCAUUCGAGAUUCAGUUCCUGAAAGAUAUCAAGGAAGGCCAUAGUUGCUUGAGACUUUUAAACCCUCUUACGCAUUGAGCAAGGUGAAAGACGAAAACGAUGCCAUCCGAAAUCGGAUUACCCAAUUUUAACAAGCGACGCAUUUCUCAACCAAAAACCCAAUAAACAAACCAGCCAUGGAUAACAGAAGACUCUUGAUAGCAGCUGUAUUUCAUUUUGUACAUCCAGUGGAAAAAGACAGUUAAAAACAUCACAAGUUGACACAAAACUCUGUCAAAGUAAACAACUUUCAAGAUGCUGCAUAAAUUUUCCGCAUGAACUCACCUGUCAAAUUUUGACCAAUCAGAGUACAAAAAUUGGACGUAGAGCGUGACCAACGCGUGACCAUGGUAAGAAAAGGUCUUCCCCGCCUUUAUUUUUAAAAAAGUGGCUGAAUUUUCGCGUCCGAGGUCAGUUUGAAAUCAAAAUCUUGACAGUGCGGGGCCAUAGUGACAUAAACACAACAUAUUUCAUAUGAAUCAUUGGAAAAAAUAGACUUGAGCCUGCGAUCAUUUGAAACUGGUAAUUUGUCAGCGGAUAACUUCAAAAAAGUACUCGACCUCGAUGGGUCGACACUUGAGCCCGCGGUACGGUCAGGUGACACUGGUCAGCGGAUAUCCUGUUUUGACAGCUGUCAAUUGAUCACAACAUUGAUGCGCAAUUAGUUUUCUAUUGGGCUCCCAAACCAGCUAGAAAGUGUGAGAGAAAACAUUGGUUUCCCUGUGGUGCGGACGGACGGUCGGGCGUACGGUCACGUGAUUACCAAAUUUUCUCGGAUGGGUAGAUUACCACAUUUAUUAUAUACAUACUGAGAAAUACUCACCGAAAAGCUAUGUCGUAAAUUUUCGUACGCAAAUUAGUUCUAGCCAAUCAGAGGAGCGAACGAUGGUUUUCACACGUGAAAAAAACGAUACGUCCAAUCAGAAUCGCGAACGAUGUUUUUUCACGUGUGAGAAAAAUGAUACGUCCAAUCAGAAGCCACAGAGGUGUGUGAGUUUCGCGCCAAAAUUCCCGCCUUUUAUUGCAGCUUGCAGCGUCGCUUCGCACACAUUCAACGAGAAAAGUUUUACUCAAGGAGUUUUUCUCGCUAAAAAAGUGAAAAACAUUUCGGAAAUGGAGUGGAAUAGUUUCGUUUGUUUCACUGUCGAUAAAAAAAUACGGUAGAGAGCCGGCGAAACAACAGCGGAAAGGGAUAAACAGAACGAGACGUAAGCUUUUGUUGUGCUUUUUGUCGGAGCUACUUUGCCUUUCAUUUAAGCUUAAGCUUAUAUUGAAACCGGCCAUUUUACUUAAAUUCACUCAUUUUCAAUUGUGCAUUGAGAACAAACAGUUAAGAUUACUUAUAGUUCUUGGAUUAAACCUCAUAUCCUCACCGUCAUUUAUGUUUUUAACAAACGUUUUUACUAAAAAGCUGAUACUUCGUUUUCGUUGUCAUUUUGCGGUAAGUGUGUAGCGGCAAAUUUUAGCAUUUUUGAAAGAUUUAAAAUAAAAAGGCCCGCAAAAUGAUGAAUGACUCAGUAUGUAUAUAAUAAACACAAUACCACAUGGAAAGUGCUUUGUACGGUAUUUACGCACUCGUUGUUUUUGUAUCAGAAAUCUUACUCGUUCGCUGCGCUCACUCGUUCGAUUUCUGAUACGUCAACAACUCGUGCGUAAAUACCGUACGCCAGCACUUUCCAUGAAGUAUUCUCUAUUUCCUUAGCUAUGGAGCUCCGCUAUCAAUAAUAUUGGUAAAGUCAUCUCUUUGUUAUCCUUUCUUAUGAACUAGUAACAAGGAAACACUUGAACCCCGAGAAAAAGCAAUAGGAAGCAAUAAAAUUUAAAAUUUGAAAUGGUUGUCCACCAUCUUGGAUCCGCCAUCUUGGAUUUCCGUUUUUUUGUUAAAAUUAUAAUUUAAAGCACCUUUCAAAGGGGAAAAAGCUCAGAAUGUAUAAAAGAAGUAUCAAACUAAUGUUUAUUACCCAAACAAAUGACUUUGGAAGUGUUAUUUGGAAAAUAGAGCAGCAUAUUUGUCAAAGCAAAAAAGGGACAAAUUUUACCCCACCCCUCCCCCCCAAAUAUUCGAUGUUGAAACAUUUUGAUGUAAUUCAAAAACUAGUCCCAAGCAAAGACCAUUUUAACAACAAAGAGCACUAUAAGUGCAAAAACGCGAUCUUAAAAAGAAAAAAUCACCAUUUUUUAAAUUUUCCAAAACCUAUGUGUCAGAAACUGGUUGCCAUGGCAACAUGAUUAAUCACAUGGACAUGGUAAUUAUACCAAAAUGUUCCUAGAUAAAUUUUAGGAAAAGUCAGAAAAUUUGAACGUCAUAGCUCUUUCGGUGUAGGAGUUAUCACGAUUUUGCCAGAGGGGGUGUUCGAAAAGCCCCCCCCCCGGUCUGAAUAGGGUUAAGUCAGUCUUACCGACUUUACUGUCAUUUUUCUCAUUUAUUUCCACAGCAGAGACUAUGAUGAAGCUGUUCCAGGUUUUGGGUUUUUGCAUGAUCUAUGGAGAGAGAUAGCUCUUGCUUCUGACCAGCAGGCGCGAGACACUAGCUUUCAACACCGCCAAAAUAAAUUGCCAGUGCAGAGCCCAAUCAAGAUUGCUUCUCUGCCACUAAAGCAGUACAAGCCAGAAGACAUUUCACUCGAUGUGGACGGCGAAAAUAUCAUCUUACAUGGUCAGCAUCGAUCAGAGAGAGAAGAUGGAUUUGAGAAUAAUGAGUUUAAAAAGAUUAUUAAGCUGCCAGAUGGAGUUGAUCCUACAACAGUGAAAUCGCGUGUAAUCAAAACUCUGAACAAAGGCAACGUUUUUGUCCUUGAAGGCGACAGGCGCGUUGAAGAAAAAGCAAAACAAGACGAUGGCAAGUUCGUGGUUAAAUUGGAUCUUCGUGGAUUUAAACCAGAAGAUAUCAAGGUCCAGCUUCGUGGACAUGAGCUCGCAGUUACAGGAAAACACAAAUCAGAAGACCAAGGUUUCUAUUUUUCACGUGACUACAGUAAUCGCGUUUUGUUGCCUGAUGACGCAGACCUUGGUUCAGUGACGUCACGACUCUCCAAGGAAGGCUUGCUGAUCACAGAAGCGUCACGUGACCCAGCUUUGUUACCAAAGGAACGAAAAGUGGAAGUCUCCAUGGAACUUGGUGAGCAAGAACCUGAAGAGCAGGCCAAACCAGUAGCAAGUGGUGAUACAGAAGAACAGAAAAAAACUGAAUGAACUAUGGUGGCUUAUUCUAAGGCAUUACCUACUCUUUAGCAAAAAAUGUUUAACAUCUGUUAUAUUUUUUGUUAAAAUUCUUAAGGCUAGAAACAUAGAGCAACAUUUCAGUAUGCGUAGUAUCAGCUUUUUUUGGAGCAACACCUUUUAGAGGAUAACAGGCUUAUUCUGAUAAUUAUUGAGAAUUGUAGAGAGUUAGUUUAUAGUUUCACUUGCCUUUUUUGUUAAUCGUUUUUAAAAAACGAAACAAAGAUGAUAGUAAUGAUUGUUUUUAUAA